CACGUGACUCGUUCAUCCUAAAGUGAAAGUGUUUCUCCCUCCGAAUCGACUCCAUUUUGUGAAGCGUUUGUAGAAGUUAAAACAUGUUUAUCAGCAGCAGAAACGGUGAUAUUAAUGUGACAGAACGAGGCCUGUUGACUAAAGGAGUGUGAUCCAUUCCAUCAGAAGAGAUCAGACUCUUCAGGACUCAGCUGUGUGUUUGUGUGUAAACUUUACUAAUAUUUAAAGAUGGAGACUCCUGAUCUGGACACAGAUAAUGUUUCUACACCAUCAAACAACUGUAAACCCCAGAGAAAGAGAUCAGAAUCACCAACACACAGCUGUAUCUCCAUGAAGAGUCAUGUGUCUAUGGAUGUUCCUCUGAGGUUUAAAGAUGGAGACUCAUCACUUCUACACAGUAAACUCAAGAGUAAGAGAUCAGAAUCACCAACACACAGCUGUAUCUCCAUGAAGAGUCAUGUGUCUAUGGAUGUUCCUCUGAGGUUUAAAGAUGGAGACUCAUCACUUCUACACAGUAAACUCAAGAGUAAGAGAUCAGAAUCACCAACACACAGCUGUAUCUCCAUGAAGAGUCAUGUGUCUAUGGAUGUUCCUCUGAGGUUUAAAGAUGGAGACUCAUCACUUCUACACAGUAAACCCCAGAGAAAGAGAUCAGAAUCACCAACACACAGCUGUAUCUCCAUGAAGAGUCAUGUGUCUAUGGAUGUUCCUCUGAGGUUUAAAGAUGGAGACUCAUCACUUCUACACAGUAAACUCCAGGGAAAGAGAUCAGAAUCACCAACACCCAGUUGUAGCUCCAUGAAGAAUCAUGAGUCUAUGGAUCAUCAUCUGGAGGUUAAAGCUGUAGACUCCUCACUUCUACACAGGUAUGACCCAGAAUCUGCUGGUGGAAAUGAAUUCCAGAAAAAGUUCAAAUUAAAUCUGAUGAAGAAGUUUCAGUGUUUGAAUGGAGUGAUGAUAAACCUGGGAACCCAAACACUCCUGAAUGAGAUCUACACAGAGCUCUACAUCACAGAGGGAGACAGUGGAGAAGUCAAUAAUGAACAUGAGGUGAGACAGAUCGAGGCAGCAUCCAGGAGAAGAACAACAGAGGAAACACCAAUCAAAUGCAAUGACAUCUUUAAGCCUUUAUCUGAACAAGACAAACCCAUCAGAACUGUGCUGACAAAUACAUCAUCUAAACAAGACAAACCCAUCAGAACUGUUCUGACAAAGGGAGUCGCUGGCAUCGGUAAAACCGUCUCUGUGCAGAAGUUCAUUCUGGACUGGGCUGAAGGGAAAGUAAAUCAGGACGUCCACCUCAUAUUUCCACUUCCUUUCAGAGAGCUGAACUUGAUGAAGGACCAGAAACUGAGUCUGAUGGAGCUCCUUCAUGUCUUUUUUAAGGAAACAAAAGAAACAGAAAUGUCCAGUUUGGAAAAGGUUCUGUUCAUUUUUGACGGAUUGGACGAGUGUCGUUUUCCUCUAGAUUUCCAGAACACAGUGAGAGUGUGUGAUGUAACUGAAUCAGCAUCAGUGCCUGUGCUGCUGAUAAACCUGAUCAAAGGGAAUCUGCUUCCCUCUGCUCUCAUCUGGAUCACCUCCAGACCUGCAGCAGCUGAUCAAAUCCCCUCUGAGUGUGUGGAUCGAGUCACAGAGGUACGAGGGUUCAAUGACCCACAGAAGGAGGAGUACUUCAGGAAGAGGAUCAGUGAUCAGAGCCUGGCCAAUAACAUCAUCACACACCUGAAGUCAUUAAGAAGCCUCUACAUCAUGUGUCACAUCCCAGUCUUCUGCUGGAUUUCAGCCACUGUUCUAGAGAGAAUGUUGGGUGAAGCAGAGAGUGGAGAGAUCCCCAAGACUCUGACUCAAAUGUACACACACUUCCUCAUCAUUCAGACAAACAUCAUAAGAGAAAAAUACUCAAAGAAGCAGGAGAGUGAUGAAGAAAUGCUUCUUAAACUGGGACAACUGGCUUUUCAGCAGCUGAUGAAAGGGAACCUGAUCUUCUAUGAUGAAGACCUGAGAGAGUGUGGUAUUGAUGUGACAGAAGCAGCAGUGUACUCAGGUGUGUGUACUCAGAUCUUCAGAGAGGAGUUUGGGCUUCACCACAGUAAAGUGUACUGCUUUGUUCAUCUGAGCAUUCAGGAGCAUCUCGCAGCUCUGUAUGUUCACCUGACCUUCAUGAAGGAGAAGAGAAAUGUUCUUGUACAGAAUCAGGAUUCUAACAGGAGGAUGGAAGACAAUACAAUCUCAGAUGUACACAACAGUGCUGUAGAUCAGACUUUAGAAAGUCAGACUGGACAUCUGGAUCUUUUCCUUCGCUUUCUUCUGGGUCUCUCACUGGAAUCCAAUCAGAAACUCUUACAUGUUUUAGUAACUCAGACAGGAAGUAACCCUCAGAGCACACAGGAAACAGUUCAGUACAUUAAGGAGAAGAUCAGUGAAGAUGAAGAUCUUCCUCCAGAGAAAUCCAUCAAUCUGUUCCACUGUCUGAAUGAACUGGGUGAUGAUUCUCUAGUGGAGGAAAUCCAACACUACCUGAAAUCUGGAAAACAAAGUGAACUUUCUUCUUCACAGGUGUCUGCUCUGGUGUUUGUGUUACUGACAUCAGCACAGGAGCUGGAUGAGUUUGACCAGAGUAAAUAUUUCAGUACAGAUAAGAUAACAGAAGAUGUUGUUCUGAAGAUGAUGCCUGUGAUUACAGCAUCCAGUAAAGCAAUUAUCAGCUGUGAUGAACUUAGAGAGGAAAGUUGGUCAUCUCUGGUCUCAGCGCUCAGAUCAGAAACCUCCAGACUGAGAGAACUUCAUCUGACUGUGAAAACACUGGAUCUGUCUGAUCAUAAACUAGGAGACUCAGAAGUGAAGAUUCUCUCUGCUGGACUGGAGAAUCCUCACUGUAAAGUGGAGACACUGAGGUUGCAUAAUUGUGGUGUCUCAGAUGAAGGCUGUGCUGCUCUGACUUCAGCUCUGAGAUCAAACCCCUCACACCUGAGAGAACUGAAUCUGUCCUAUAAUAAACUAGGAGACUCAGGAGUGAAGAAUCUCUCUGCUGUACUGGAGAAUCCUCACUGUAAACUGGAGACACUGAGGUUGUCUUAUUGUGGUGUCUCAGAUGAAGGCUGUGCUGCUCUGACUUCAGCUCUGAGAUCAAACCCCUCACACCUGAGAGAACUGGAUCUGUCCUAUAAUAAACUAGGAGACUCAGGAGUGAAGAUUCUCUCUGCUGUACUGGAGAAUCCUCACUGUAAACUGGAGACACUGGGGUUGUAUAAUUGUGGUGUCUCAGAUGAAGGCUGUGCUGCUCUGACUUCAGCUCUGAGAUCAAACCCCUCACACCUGAGAGAACUGGAUCUGUCUGAUAAUAAACUAGGAGACUCNGGAGUGAAGAGUCUCUCUGCUGUACUGGAGAAUCCUCACUGUAAACUGGAGACACUGAAGUUGUGUGAUUGUGAUGUCUCAGAUGAAGACUGUGCUGCUCUGACUUCAGCUCUGAGAUCAAACCCCUCACACCUGAGAGAACUGAAUCUGUCUGGUAAUAAACUAGGAGACUCAGGAGUGAAGAAUCUCUCUGCUGUACUGAAGAAUCCUCACUGUAAACUGGAGACACUGUGGUUGUUUAAUUGUGAUGUCUCAGAUGAAGGCUGUUCUGCUCUGACUUCAGCUCUGAGAUCAAACCCCUCACACCUGAGAGAACUGAAUCUGUCCUGGAAUAAACUAGGAGACUCAGGAGUGAAGAUUCUCUCUGCUGUACUGGAGAAUCCUCACUGUAAACUGGAGACACUGGGGUUGUAUAAUUGUGGUGUCUCAGAUGAAGGCUGUUCUGCUCUGACUUCAGCUCUGAGAUCAAACCCCUCACACCUGAGAGAACUGAAUCUGUCUGAUAAUAAACUAGGAGACUCAGGAAAGAAGAUGCUCUCUGAUCUUAAGGAUGAUGAACAUUACAAACUACAGACACUGAGGGUCUAUUGAAUAUCUGUGUGUGAUGAAGACUCCAGUGUUCCUGCAUUACCAUGAUGGAGAAUAGAGAACAUGUUUAUUAACACAUCACUCAUUUAGUUCUAACACAUUAAACACACUCAGAGACGUGAGAAGUGUGUGUUCAUCGUGUACAGUGAAUCAGACUAAACACAAUUCUACACUGAGUUUAUAAUGACCUCUGAUCCCUGGAUAAAAUUCCCUGGACCUCAAUCCCAUAAACACCUGAGGGAUUAUUUGUAACAGCAGGUGAAAAUCCACAUGAACUCGAGCUGAACCUGUUCAUUUUACUGUUUGUGUGAUUUAUUAUUUGUUUAUUAUUGUAAUAUGAUUUACACUUUUUACACAUGUAUACUUAUAGCUAUAUUACUGGAUACAUAACUAAAAUUAUAUUGUAUAAAGCAGAGGUCACUAACAGGCGGACCGCGGCCCGGGUCCGGACCCAGAAGCUGUCCAAUCCUGACACGGACCUACAGCCAAAACAAGGUUAUGAUUUAAAACUUGACUGGGCGCUUCUAUUUAACCUGCACAGCUUUUGCAAUCUUUACAGUAGUGGUAGUGGAAACACACAGACCAACUGCAUGUCUGUGCAUUACUGCGACUCAACAGUGCAAGACAGAUGAGAGAGAAUUAGAGUAAAGUUACACAUGAAAGAAAGAUAGCGAUACAUGUAGAAAACAAAGGGAGAGAAACAGACGAGUGAGACGGAGAAAGGGAGAGAAACAGACGAGUGAGACAGAGAAGGGGAGAGAAACAGACGAGUGAGAUGGAGAAAGGGAGAAUAAAGAACAACCCUGCUGAAAAAUCCAGGAUAAACCAGCAUGAAUUCCAAGCUGGUCCAGUCUAGUUUUUACUGGUUCGUGCUGGUAUAAUGCUGGUAUAAUGCUGCUAUAGUGCUGGUAUAAUGCUGGUAUAAUGCUGGUAUAAUGCUGGUAUAGUGCUGGUAUAAUGCUGGUAUAAUGCUGGUAUAAUGCUGGUCAGUGCUGGUAUAGUGCUGGUAUAGAUGGGUGGCCAGCACAGUCAUGGUGUUAUCAAGUAAAACGGGGCAGGUGUAGCUGGUUAACCAGUAUGAUCUUGCUGGAAUGAGCUUUUAUUUUUGCUUGUGUAUGUUUCUAUGUAACACAUUAAUAUAAGAUUAAAACACAAUAUAUUGGAAUAUAUUUAAUUAUAAGUGUGAUUAUCAGUAUUGGUACCGUUAAAAGUGUAUAAAUAAGUAUCAGCAUCGUAUCCUUGCAAAAAAAAGUGGUAUCGCUCAUCCCUAAUAGAUAGAUCGAUGUCCGAUAGAAUCAAACAGGAGUUUGGAGUCGAACAAUGCUAAAAUCCAUUUGUCUCAAUUAAGAAGUAGUUAAGUUGUUUGUUUUAUUAGUAAAGCAGUAAUGUGAAGAGAUAUUACCCAACAUCAGCGUUGCUAUGCAACCUUUAAAGCAACUAUGUUCACGAAGGUAAAUGUACUUCCUGCACUUUCCUAAAAUAAAUCUCACAAUGUUUUCGACUACA